CUCUAUAGUCUUUGGGACGGAAAGAUACACAACUCUACUAUAGAUUAAUUUAUUUCCUCCUUAUGUAGAUAAGAAAAUUACAUUGCCAAUCUUAUCGAUCUAUACUCAGAACAAGAGUAUUUAUUAGACGCAGAUCAAUCUAGCUGUGCAUUAACAUAUUCACCUACAAUAUUUAGUACCAAUGACAAUAAUCAGUGUUGGGAGCAUCACCCUGCCUGACGCACGAGUGGCGGCCUUUACCUUGUUAAUAAAACACUGCUGCUAACGUAACAACAAGAGAUGAACAACACCGACCCCAAACGCAAGCUUAAAGAGGAGGAUGAGGAGGAAGAAGAAAGUGAGGAUGAAUGGAUCGGACCAAGACCAGACGAGGCUGCUGUCACACCUAAACCCAAGAAAAUUAAAGUACUGAAACAUGAACAGAUGUACCUGGACUACUUGCCUUGUGCUGAAUACUACGAGAAGAGUUACAUGCAUCGUGACACUGUCAUGCAUGUUGUCGUAACGAAAACUGACUUCAUCAUAACAGGCAGCUCUGAUGGUCACAUCAAAUUCUGGAAGAAGCAAGAGGAGGGUGUGGAAUUUGUCAAACAUUUUCGUGCACAUUUAGGGAAUGUACAGCACCUUGCUGCCAAUACUGCAGGCACCAGGCUUGUUUCUAUAUCACAUGACAAAUCACUGAAAGUCUUUGAUGUGGAAAACUUUGACAUGAUUAACAUGAUGAAGUUGAACUUCACCCCAAGCACAAGUGAGUGGAUCCAUCCACUAUCGGACCCACAACACUCACUGGCUGUGUCAGACUCUACAAGUCCCAAAAUAUACAUCUUUGAUGGCCAUGGUACAAAUACACCUCUGCACAUCUUGAGUUCAAUCCAUACCAAACCUGUUACAAUCAUAAAGUACAAUGUAUCCUAUGAUAUUGUCAUCUCUGUUGACGAAAUUGGUAUGAUUGAGUAUUGGUGUGGGACCAAGAAUGAAUUCCAGACACCAAAUUGUGUUAACUUCAAGUCUAAGCUUGAUACAGAUCUGUUUGAAUUUGUCAAGCACAAGACAGUCCCCAGAUGUAUGGCCAUCUCACCAAAUGGAUUACAGUUUGCUACCAUUGGUGCCGAUAAAAAGGUUCGUGUGUUUAAAUUUCUCACUGGAAAACUCACUCGGGUGUUUGAUGAGAGCCUUCAACAUUAUACUGAAUUGCAACAACGAAAGCAACAAAUCCCAAAUAUGGAAUUUGGAAGAAGACUUGCAGUGGAACGUGAUGUGGAGAAAGGUGGAGCCUUAGCUGUGUGCAACUUGGUAUAUGAUGAAAGUGGUUACUUUCUCCUUUAUGCAACCAUGCUUGGGGUCAAAAUUGUAAACCUUUAUAAUAAUCGAUUAGUGAGGACAAUUGGCAAGCCUGAAAAUUUAAGGUUGCUGAAUCUUGCUCUCUUCCAGGGCAAGGUGAAGAAGAAUAAGGGAGCAAUAACAAUGGAGAUGGAAGCCUCAGAAAAUCCAGCCCUUGACUCAGCACGUGCUGACCCCACUCUUGUGGCUACAGCUUUCCGUAAAAACCGUUUUUAUCUAUUUACACGUCGUGAUGCGACAGACACAAAAAGUGUUGAUACUGAUCGUGAUGUCUUCAAUGAAAAACCAUCAAAGGAAGAUAUAAUUGCUGCUACUGAACAGGGAGGUGGCCAGAGACUGUAUGAAACUGCAGUGCUCCAUACUUCUCUUGGAGAUAUUACCCUUAAGCUAUUUCCAAAGGAAUGUCCCAAGACUGUAGAGAACUUUUGUGUCCAUGCAAAGAAUGGUUUCUAUAAUGGUCACUUAUUCCACCGUAUCAUAAAACAGUUUAUGAUUCAGACUGGUGAUCCAUUGGGGACUGGUGUUGGUGGUGAGAGCAUUUGGGGAGGAGAAUUUGAAGAUGAAUUUCACCCAGCGCUCCGUCAUGACCGCCCAUAUACACUCAGCAUGGCCAAUGCAGGACCAAACACUAAUGGAUCUCAAUUCUUCAUUACUGUUAUCCCAACUCCUUGGCUGGAUACCAAACACACUGUGUUUGGCCGUGUAAUCCGUGGCAUGGAAGUUGUACAGAACAUUUCCAAUGUGAAGUGCAAUCCCAAAACUGAUAAGCCUUAUGAUGACAUCACAAUUAUAUCAGUCACAGUCAAAUAAAGGCUACGGUAUGUAGACGUGUUGUCCAUAUGUGAAUUGAUCUUUAUAUCAUAAUUUAAACAAAUUUUUUCUUUUCUUUUUUAUUUUCACAUCACGAUAGAUGAUAAGAUAUCCUGUUCAUAUUCAUCAUGUGAUUGAUAGUUUGAAUAUUUACUUUUUGCAGAAUGUGAUUAUCUUUACAGUGUUAAUGUUUUUAUAUGAAAUACUCCACAUAUGGCUCUGUGUGCCCAACAGGUUGAUUGUGAGCCAUGAAAAGAUUUUGAAACUGCCUGUGACAAGAAGUGUAGCAACUGAUGAAACUGUAAAAUUUUACUUAAUAAAGUUAGUUAGGAUU